AUGGUCAGUCAGAACACUAUGUCAAGUCAGAAUCAAAUACCUCAUCAGAAUGUCAUGCAAUCGAACGAAAUGUCUCAUCAGGGAUCGCAGAUGACAUCGUCCAAUCAGAUGAGUCAUCAAACUCAGAUGCCGACCUCCCAGAUGAACAUGCAAGCUUCUAUGCAGCAAAGCCAAAUGUCGCAUCAAAACCAAAUGCACAACCAAGGUCAUAUGCAGCACGUAAAUCAGAUGUCUCGUCAUAGUCAAUUACCAAACCAGCAGGCCAUUCAAAGUCAACAGGGCUUGCAGCAAAACAUGCAUUCUCAACAGUCUAUGCAGGUACAGCAACCUAUGCAGACUCAGCAGUCGAUGCAGGUACAGCAACCCAUGCAGGCUCAGCAGCCUAUGCAAGUGCAGCAACCUUUGCAGACGCAACAGUCCAUGCAAAUCCAGCAGAAUCAAAUUCAGCAAUCCAUGCAGGUGCAGCAAGCUAUGACAUCUCAGCACCAAUUGCAACAUCAGGUGCCCAUGCAUCGUCAGAACUCGAUGCAGCAUAAAUCUACGGUGCAGCAACAGCACCAAAUGCAUCAUCCCAAUCAAGCUGGCCUACAGCAGCAGCAGCAGCAACAACAACAGCAACAGCAUCAUCGUGCUCAAAUGAGGCAUCAAGCUCAACAACAGCAGAUCCCGUCCAGGAUUAAUUCUAUACCUCAAACGCAGCAACAACAACACAUGCGUAUGGACCAAGGGAAUAUGAUGCGACAUAACAAUCAAAUGAUUGAGGUAUGUGAAAAGAUAAAUGAAGUGUCUAGUCUCUCUCUAUGGGAGAGAGAUUAA